UCACCCACUGACGUUAUCAUUCUGCGACCAAACGUUUACGCGACGCGCACAGCAAUGGCGAGCGGCAAAAAGAGCAGUUUGCUUUCCUCUUUGGCAGAGUAUGGAGACGACUCAGAGCCCGACUCUGACCCCGAACCAGAAGAGUCAGGGGGCAAAGGAAGCGGAGGAGGACUUGUGUAUGGCUACGGUGAUGAUGACCUGAACCGAACUGAAGACAUAGAUGACAAAGUGUCCCCGGAUGAAGACAGCAGAGAGAGCAAUUCGGAAAUGGAAGAAUCUGACGAGGGGCGGGACGCAGAUGAUGUCGAGAUCCCAGAGGCAGAAAGGAAGGACCCCAAUGAGCUCGUUGCGCUGUUCUCGGAGAAGGUGAGGAACAUGUCGCCUGAUGAAAUCAGGAUCCCCCCAGAGCCGGCCGGACGCUGCUCGAGUCAACUGCAGGAGAAGAUCCACAAGUUGUACGAGAGGAAGCUCCAUGGAGACUUUGACACAAACAGCCACAUCCAGAAAAAGAAAGAAUUCAGAAACCCAAGUAUUUACGAGAAGCUCAUUCAGUUCUGUAGUAUAGAUGAACUUGGAACUAACUACCCCAAAGACAUGUUUGAUCCUCACGGCUGGUCUGAAGACUCUUAUUACGAAGCCCUGGCCAAAGCCCAGAAAGUGGAGAUGGACAAACUGGAGAAAGCCAAGAAAGAGCGAACCAAGAUCGAGUUCGUCACAGGGACCAAGAAGGGAACCAACCCCUCCAGCACGGCAGCCUCUAACACCAGCAGCACCACCACUACAGCCACAGACGCCCAGAAGAGGAAAAGCAAGUGGGACUCUGCGAUCCCCGUGACCCUGGCACAGCCCACUCUCCUCACCACCACGGCGACCCUGCCGGCCGUCGUCUCCGUGACGACCACCGCCAGCGGCACCAAGACCACGGUCAUCUCCGCAGUGGGCACCAUCCUAAAGAAAUCAAAGCAGUGAACAGAGCCGGUUUGUCCGCGAGAGCGAAAACAAGUUCAAAGACCCGCGUUGUGCUGCGUUCAUUAUACGCGAGAAAGAUUCAGCGACUGGUGGACGAAGUUAGAACCGGAUCCGCCAUCGUCUCGGCUGCACAUGGACUAAACGAAAGACUAAACCGUCUUCUAUCUCUGGGAUUUUAUCUGCACCUACUGCAUCAUGAAGCCAAAUUGACGCGUAGGCCCUCUGUAUAUGUGAUGCAUGCAGAUCUCAACGCAUUUGUUUUUUUUUUUUUUGUUUUGUUUUUUUAUAUGUUGGCAACGGCUGUUUAAAACAGUUAAAAGACAAUGGUUGAACACGGGGAAAAGCUCCUGGUAGAAACGUCUGAAAAACAGUUUAUUUUUAUACCUCUAGUUCUGGUGCAGUGUCUCCUUGCUCCCUGUAGCAGUCGUGUGUCCUAACUCAACAUAUUCAUGCAUUUUCGAGCAUUCGUUUUUCUUCUGUGGCAUAAUGAACGACUGAGGUAAGAUGUUUUUGCACUUGUACAAUAUGUAUUGAUGAUAAGGUGAAUAAAUGGAUCGGAUGUUGCCUUUU